CUUGGUACUGGUCUAAGUGCCAAGCUUAACAGUGGAAAUAGUGGAAAGGACCACAUAACUACUGAUGCAGUAAGCGGGCUUCUCCUUCUAAAAGACAUUUUCCGGACUCUUGAGAAGUUGUUAUUUUGAGUAACAUGGGAGUGAAGGAUUUCAUCACCUGGCAUCUGCUGGCUUUGUUUUUAAUUCCAUUUUGCCUGUGUCAAGAUGAAUACAUGGAGGUGAGCAGAAGAUCUAAUAAAGCAGUGACCAAAGUAUUGCAAAGUCACCACCAGACUGGCCAUAAAGGUUCCAGCAGCAGGGAAAUUUUGAGACAGCGGAGUCAACUUAUAGAGUCGACUAUUGAUGAUGAUAAUAGCACUUCUACAGACCAAAAAGCCCAGAGACCAGAGGUAGAUGAUGUAGCACAGACUACCUCAGACAGAGUCCAGCCCUCUCCAAGUGGACCUCAACAUCCAGACUGCAGUAGUUGCUGCCGUGGAGAGUUUGGAUUUCGAGGCUAUCAAGGGCCACCGGGACCUCCAGGGCCUGCUGGGAUGCCAGGAAAUCAUGGGAACAAUGGAAAUAAUGGAGCACCUGGCAAUGAAGGAGCCAAAGGUGACAAAGGAGACAAAGGGGAUCUGGGACCAAGGGGAGACCGUGGUCACCACGGACCAAAAGGAGAGAAGGGUUACCCUGGGAUUCCACCGGAGCUUCAGAUUGCAUUCAUGGCUUCUAUGGCAACCCAUUUCAGCAAUCAGAACAGUGGGAUAAUCUUCAGUAGUGUUGAAACCAAUGUUGGAAACUUCUUUGAUGUUAUGACUGGUAGAUUUGGUGCCCCAGUGAAUGGGGUGUAUUUCUUCACCUUCAGCAUGAUGAAACAUGAGGAUGUGGAGGAAGUGUACGUGUACCUCAUGCACAAUGGAAAUACAGUUUUCAGUUUAUAUAGCUAUGAAUCAAAAGGAAAAGCUGACACAUCAGGAAACAGUGCAGUGCUAAAACUUGCCAAGGGAGAUGAAGUUUGGCUGCGAAUGGGGAACGGAGCACUCCAUGGAGAUCAUCAGCGUUUCUCCACCUUUGCUGGGUUUCUUCUUUUUGAAACAAAGUAAAAAAAAAAAGUGCACUUUUAGGCAGCUUUUUUUUCAAGCUGUUUUGUUUUUUUUCCUGGUCUGUGGCAUAACGUUUUAACAUGGUAGGAUCAGGAAAGCUUAUCCUGAUGCAUUGUGUUAGUAUUCAUGUCUCAGAGGUGUUGAACACAUUGGGUAAAUGACAUAGAUGCUAUUUCUCUGAAGGUACAUUGUCACCUGAGUUGCACCUAAUGGACCGUUACAUGUUUCUAUUGGGGGAGCCAAAAAACAAAACACCCCCCCAAUAAAAAAAAAUGGAAAAAAGGGAGAAAAGGUUUUACAGAAAUGAUUUAGAAAGUAGUUUGGGCAGUUUGACCCACAUUUGGUGUAUAGAUAGAUUUAGUUCAGUACGUCAGGAACUGUACAAUCCUUACUUCAUAGUCCUUUAUUCAUUCAUUUAUUCAGUCCUCCAUGGAAACUGGCUGUGAAUAACUGAGUUGGCUCAGCUUCAGGUGAUAGGGGAUUUAGAGGAAUAGGUUAUAGAAAAACUUUUACAAAUAGAAAAAAUGUGAAAAAAAAAGGUAUUUAGGGAUUCAGGUGAUUGCCCCACCCUCUUGAACCUUUUUAAGAUGAUCUUGGUGACUUUAGUAUAGAUUUCUAGUAUGAAUUUACCUGCUUCAGGAAAAAAAUGCAAUGGUUGGAUUUCUUAGCUUAAGAGCAGCUCAAGGCAGAGGUUCUUUGGCCUAUGUUAUGCAGGAGGUAAGACUAGAUCAGCAGUUCUCAACCAGGGGUCCAGCCAGGGCCCCAUGUGGGGCCAAGAGCAGGUUUCUGGGCAUCUGCCAAGCAGGGCCAGCAUUAGACUCACUAGGGCCCAGGACAGAAAGUUGAAGCUGUGCUGUGCAGGGCUGAAGCCCAGGGCCCUAAGACUCACCACCCAGGGCUGAAGCGAAGCCCGAGCAACUUAGCUUCAUGGGGUCCGCUGUGGUGUGUGGCCUCAGGCAGUUGCCCUACUUGAUACCCCCUAAUGUCAGCCCUGGCUUUUAUAUGCAGAAAAACAGCUGUUGUGGCACAGGUGGACUGUGGAGUUUUUGUAGCAUGCUGGGGAGACCCUCAGAGAGAAAAAGACUGAGAACUCCUAAAUGAUCAUAAUGGUCCUUUCUGGCCUUCUAAUCUGUGAAACCUGGUACAGCAGGGUACUAGAUUUCAGGACGGGGCAUAUUGCCAGAGAUGUUUGGAAUGCACCAUGAGCUGGAGAAGCAGGUAUCUCAUGGAGCUCUUAAAAGGAUGUACAUUUUAAUACCCUCAGGUUUACUUACCAUUUUCCUCACAGUCUUUUCUGGAAGUUAUGCCUCAAGGAUCCAGUAUUUCAGGAAAGACAUUGCGGUAUGGCAAACAAGUAGCUACACUAGUACAGUAUUUAGCUGAUAAAUUGAAACUUUAGCUGGUUCACUAGACCUGGCCACACUAAGCCUGGCUCUGGCCAUUUUUGUUAUUCCACAGUCUUCACAAACAUUAACAUUUGUCCUCCGUUCUUCAAGUUUGCAUUACCUGAAAUCCUGUGUUACCCUUAACUUUUAUUUUAAAACUUACUAGCAGUUCCAAACUGGCUAACGUAAUAAUGAUGUCUAAAUACAUAGUUUUUCUGCAUGUUCCAGCUCUUCUCCCACAUUGAUGAAAGGGUAAGCAUCUUAACUGGUGAUUUGCAAUAGAUGUAAGGUGCCACUAAUAUAUAGCAAGCAGGUGGGAUUAGCAUGAGUGUAAAUUCUGAAUCCUAGCAAUAUUUCUUAGAAUAGGAUAGUGAUUACCUAUACCAGUACAAUAGAUUAAUGAAUUUAAAAUCUGACUUCUAUAUUUAAAUCACCUUGUACUCAUUCCUAGUCUAUGUAAAUUACCUUUUAAAAAUGGGAAAAUAUUUUCAUACUUGAACAAUAAGGUCGUCAUGAUUUUUAUUUUUGUGCAUCAGUGAUAAAAUAUGGAUUUUAAUUAAUUAACAUCUAAUAACUUUAGGUUUUGUCUGUGUAUUUAGUGCAGUGUUGUACCAAGAAGAGUUUUCAGAAUCUAAAACCAUGUUAUUUUAAGAUAGUAUUUUGGUACUGUUUUGGCAUGCCUUAAAAUUUAAAAAAAUCAUAUCACAAAAUCAUGUUAAUCUUAUUCUUUUGGAAUAAGUAUAUUAGGCACAUGUGAUAUAUGGCUACAUCCAUUAACUCUAUUGGGAUGAAAAUCCUUUGUGUUUGUUGAAAAUUCCAUUUCUGGUUGUGUUAAGAACAUUUGCUUACUUUGUUAUACACACAUUUACCUAAUAAAGGCUAAUAGUCACAAAAUUAUAAUGGAUUAUUUAUAUCUAUAUUUACUAUGUUACAUGAAAACAGCCUAAGUACA